AUGAAUGUUCUACGUUGCAGUCGAGGCUUCUCCAGAGCCUGGAAACACUCCCAAUCCCGCACAGCUCUUAGCAUUCGUGAUCGGCUCUCCCCCUCAAUAUGUCUCCCCCGCGGGCGGCGGAGCUUUCAUGCCGCAUUGGCUCUUGAAGGGAUUCGGUCUCAGGUCUUGAAGGAUGUCGGGGAAGGGAUAACGGAAGUUCAGAUCAUUCAAUGGUAUGUUGAGGAGGGGGCCCGAGUUGAGGAAUGGAAGCCACUGUGUCAGUAUCAGUCGGAUAAAGCGGUUGAUGAUAUUACCUCGCGGUAUGAGGGCGUGGUGAAGAAGCUCCAUUUUCAGGCGGAUGACACAGUGCCAACCGGGAUGGCGCUCUGUGACAUAGAAGUCGACGACGCAAAGUACCCUGACGAGCAUCCCCCGGCGGUAUCGGGUACAGAACCCCCUCCACCAGUUCCGACUCAUACAGCAUCGCAAGUGGUUCCUCAGCCUACUGUUCUAGUAUCUACUUCUCCAGGCAUACCUCUCGAAAAUAACGCUCCAAAGUCCCGCUAUGCAACACUGGCUACCCCAGCAGUCCGAGGGCUGCUCAAAUCGCUCAAUGUGAAUAUCGAAGAUGUGCGAGGGUCAGGGAAGGAUGGGCGAGUACUCAAGGAGGACGUCCAGCGAUUCGCUGCUGCAAGAAGCAGCCAGCCCGCUGUGACACUUACGCCUCAACAAGGAGACACGGCCGUCAACUUGACGCCUAUCCAAUCGCAAAUGUUCAAGACGAUGACACGGUCACUAUCUAUCCCACACUUUGGAUACGCAGACGAGCUUACCAUCAACAACAUCACAGCCCUUAGAAAGAGACUUGCUGCCGACGCAAAGGAUCCGCAGAAAAUUACGUUCCUCUCGUUCGUUGUCAAAGCUGUAUCUCUCGCUCUGAACGACUACCCCAUACUCAAUGCAAAACUAGACACCAGUAACCCCGACAAGCCUCAGCUCAUCAUGCGGCCAAGACACAACAUCGGAAUUGCGAUGGAUACUCCACAAGGCUUGAUAGUCCCCAACAUCAAGGACGUUGGAGGCCGGUCACUCCAAGAAAUUGCCCAGGAGAUCACACGUCUCAGCGCACUAGGAAAAGAAGGCAAGAUCACACCCGCCGACCUUAGUGGUGGCACCAUUACUGUGUCAAACAUUGGAAAUAUCGGAGGAACCUACGUUAGCCCCGUGAUUGUCUCGAAUGAACUGGCUAUUCUCGGAAUUGGGCGGGCGAGGACAGUGCCUACUUUUGAUGAUGCCGGUCAGGUCAUGAAGAACGAGGUUGUGAAUUUCAGCUGGAGUGCAGAUCACCGCGUGGUAGAUGGGGCGACAAUGGCGAGGAUGGCUAGCUUAGUCAAGGAGCUCAUCGAGUCGCCCGAGCGGAUGCUUUUGACUCUACGAUGA